AUGUGUGCAGAUGUGGGGGUGAAAUUGAUCUACCUGCCACCCUAUGCACCGGAUCUGAAUCCGAUUGAAGAGUUUUUCGCUGAGCUGAAAAGCUUUAUUAAGCGUCACUGGAGUUACUACGAAAACGCUCCUGACCAAGGGUUUGAUGUCUUCCUGGAAUGGUCUAUUAAUAUUGCGACAAGGCAGAACCAAAGAGCGACUGGGUUUGUCGGCGCAUACUUACUGCAUCAACUUCUGUCCAUGCCUAGUGUGAAGAAGGUUGCCUGUCUAGCCCGAAGCCGUGGCUAUCUCACGGCAAAUGAUCGCAUCCAGAAAGCGUUGGAGAAAUAUGACCUUUGGGAUGGCAGGCUGGAGAGCACCCAAAAGAUUAUCACUCUUGAUGGAGACCUAACAGAUGUCACCCUAGGCCUGGGAGAGGAUAAGUUCAACUGGCUCAGUAACUGGGCGAGCGUAAUCUUCCACAUUGGUGUGCGAGUGAACUGGUGUGAACCGUACGAUACUCACUAA